AUGGAGAAGCCUGUGGCUUUGCUGCUGGCCUUGUCGGCCAUGUUCCUCUGGGGUUCCUGGGCCAACACGCUCUUGUUAUCCCGCACCCGUUUCGAGUUGUACUUCUUCGACUAUGUGCUCGGCCAUCUCCUGGCAGGUUGUUUACUGCUGCAGGACGCGGCACCUUCUCUGCAGGCUGCAGCCGGAGAUGCUUCUGGCAUUGUAGUCUUCGUGAUCAGUGCUCUGGCUGGCGUCCUUUUCGCCGUAGGCUCACUACUAGCUGUCGCUUCCAUCGAUCUGGCUGGCAUGGCUCUGCCGACCAUCAUCUUGCUGGGUGUGGAGAUGGCCCUGGGCGUACCGUUUCUUCUCUUCGUGGAGGGUUGGGGCUCAGCAGAGCACGUGCUUCUGUCCUUCGCAGGUGUGCUUGCUGUUCUGGUUGCGACGUUGCUCGACGGCUGGUGCCACUGGAAUCUGCAAAAGGACGGCGCCUCGGAAGAGCAGCGAGACCCGCCUCCUUGUUUUGGAUGUAUCUCGAGUCAAUUCAGCAGCUUGAGCUUUUGGUCCUUCCGGGCUACCUCCGUGGCCGCUGGCUCCUUCGCCCGGAGCCUGAACUCCACGGCAGUGACUUUCCUGACCCACGGCUCUGCACUGCCCAUCAGCUCUAUCGGCUCCCAGCAGGUGCUGACGGUGUCGGGCGGCUGGGCCAAUGCCCGCGCAGUGAAGCGCGGGAAUCUGGGCCUCACGUUUGCGGCUAUCGGAGGCUUCUGCUUCGCACUCUGGCCCUGCAUAAGCUCCUGCGUCGAGGGGCAGACGCAGUGGGGCAAUGCUUUUGCUACCCAGCUCAAUGCAUCGGCCUUCUUCUUUGUUUAUGCCGUAGGUGCGCUGCUGGCCGCCCUGCUGCUUUUGCCGCCCUUGUGCCGGUGGCCGCUGCACUCAGGUGUCAGCUUGAGCUUUUGGUCAAGUUACCUGGAGCUGCGCGCUUGGAACCACUUUCUGGGCUUGGCCGGUGGCUUCGCGCAUGGAUGUGGAUCCAUGCUCUCCCUGCAAGCAGGCCGUGCCCUGGGCAAUACCGUGGCCUUGUCCAUCACUCGCUGCCAGCCACUGGUCUGUGCCACUUGGGCGGUGCUCAUCUGGGGCGAGAUGCAAGGCGCAGGAAGGAAGACCGGCUGCCUCUUUGCCAGCAUGCUCUUGGCGUUUACAGCGGCGGUGGUGCUGUUUCUGCUCGCGGGACUCAGUGGCUGA